GGCGGGCGGCGGGCUGCGGGCGGCGCGGGAGGGCGGGCGGAGGGAGCCAGGCCGGCCGGAGCGUGUGCGCCGCCCGCGGUCCGGUCACGUCCCCGCGUGGGCGCCGCCGCCCGCGUCGUACGGAACGAAGGCGCCGCGGCCCCGCGCUCGCCGCCCCGCCCCGCCCCGCCCCGCCCUGCCCUGAGCAGCCCAGCAGAUGCUCGGUGCCGCGGCCCGGAGGUGAAGGGCUGGAUGCACAGUGGGAGCCAGAGGCGGGGGGCUGCAGGGAGCAUACCAGCGACCCUCCAACCCUCCAGCCAUUCAGCAGCAUCGCCACAGCAACCGGCAACCAGACGGCAGCAGCCGAGGCAGACACAAGCGGACGGCUUCCCACCGUCGGCCGAGGACAGGGAAUGACUACGGCAAAUCAGGCCACUUUGCCGACUAGGGAGGUGGAGUGUCACUAGUGGGGAGGGGCGGCCACCGCCCACUGCACGGAGCGCCAUGCCGGCUGGAGAAGAGGCGCUGGGGCAGGGGCUGCAGUGUGCCUCAGCCUCACCCCCCUGCUGGCACUGAGCACCUCCAGGGCAGCUGGGCUCUCAUCUGCCUGGUCUCAGCAUCCCCUGUGGCAAGAGGGAGAGGCACCCCGUCCUGUGCUCCUUGUCUGGGCCCGCUGCUGCCAGACCAUGGGAUGUCGGCAAAGCUCAGAGGAAAAAGAAGCAGCCCGGCGGUCCCGGAGAAUUGACCGCCACCUGCGCUCGGAGAGCCAGCGGCAGCGCCGCGAGAUCAAGCUGCUCCUGCUGGGCACUAGCAAUUCAGGCAAGAGCACCAUUGUCAAACAGAUGAAGAUCAUCCACAGCGGUGGCUUCAACCUGGAGGCCUGCAAGGAGUACAAGCCGCUCAUCAUCUACAACGCCAUCGACUCGCUGACCCGCAUCAUCCGGGCCCUGGCCGCCCUCAGGAUCGACUUCCACAACCCCGACCGCGCCUACGACGCUGUGCAGCUCUUCGCUCUCACGGGCCCCGCCGAGAGCAAGGGCGAGAUCACCCCCGAGCUGCUGGGCGUCAUGCGGAGGCUCUGGGCAGACCCGGGUGCACAGGCCUGCUUCAGCCGCUCCAGCGAGUACCACCUGGAGGACAACGCGGCCUACUACCUGAACGACCUGGAGCGCAUCGCCGCAGCCGACUACAUCCCCACCGUCGAGGACAUCCUGCGCUCCCGGGACAUGACCACGGGCAUCGUGGAGAACAAGUUCACCUUCAAGGAGCUCACCUUCAAGAUGGUGGACGUAGGUGGGCAGAGGUCAGAGCGCAAAAAGUGGAUCCACUGCUUCGAGGGCGUCACGGCCAUUAUCUUCUGCGUGGAGCUCAGUGGCUAUGACCUGAAACUCUACGAGGAUAACCAGACAAGUCGGAUGGCAGAGAGCCUGCGCCUCUUCGACUCCAUCUGCAACAACAACUGGUUUAUCAACACCUCACUCAUCCUCUUCCUGAACAAGAAGGACCUGCUGGCAGAGAAGAUCCGCCGCAUCCCGCUCACCAUCUGCUUCCCCGAGUACAAGGGCCAGAACACGUACGAGGAGGCCGCCGUCUACAUCCAGCGGCAGUUCGAAGACCUCAACCGCAACAAGGAGACCAAGGAGAUCUACUCCCACUUCACCUGCGCCACCGACACCAGUAACAUCCAGUUCGUCUUUGACGCAGUGACAGACGUCAUCAUACAGAACAAUCUCAAGUACAUUGGCCUUUGCUGAGGAGCCGGGCCCAGGCCCGCCUACCUGUGGUGAAACCCACGGGGUGUCAUGCCCCAACGCGUGCUAGAGAGGCCCAACCCAGGGGCAGAAAACAGGGACCUAAAGAAUGUCCCCCGCCCCUUGGCCUCUGCCUCCUUGGCCCCACAUUUCUGCAAACAUAAAUAUAUAUGGAUAGAUUGCUAGGUAGAUAGACACACACACGUGUGCGCGCACACACACACACACACACACACACACACAUCUGGAGAUGGCAAAAUCCUCUAAAAUGUCAAGGUCUCUUGAAGACUUAGAAGCUGUCACAAGGUCACUAUGAGCUCAUCCUGCCCCUUCACUUUGCCUUCUGGAGUUGGCCCCACUCCACUUGGGGGUCUGCAUUGGAUUGUUGGGGAUAGGCAGCAGGACUGAAGCCAGGUUUGGCCAGGUGCACACCUGUCGCCUGGAGGAGGUCCAGCUCACUGCCCGAGCUCUGGCCUAGGGACCUUGCUGCUGACCAAGAGGGAGGACCAGUGCAGGGUCUGUGCACCUCCCCUGCUGGCCUGCACACAGCUGCUCCGCACCACUUUCAUUCUGGACCCGGGACCUUAGGAGCCAGGUGACAGCACUAACCAGACCUCCAGCCACUCACAACUCUUUUUAAACAGCUUCAAAUAUGCAGCAAAAACCGACACAAUAAAACGAGUGGCACGAUUUAUUUCAAACUAGGCCAGCUGGGAUUCCAGCUUUUCUUCUACUAGUCUGAUGUUUUAUAAAUCAAAACCUGGUUUUCCCUCUCUGACAUUCUUUUUUUUUUUUUUUUUUUUUUUUUUUUUUUUUUUUUUUUUUCUGGCCAAAUCUUGUGGUGUUUCGCAGAAAAAAAUCCAGAAAAUUUCAAACACGGUUGAGUAUUCUUUUUUAAAUGCAGAUUUUCAAAAGAUAUUUUUUUUUUCGGGUGGUCUUUUUUGUGUCUGGCUUGCUGAGUGUAAAAGUUGUUAUCUGGACGAUUCUGUCUCUUUGCUCCAAAGAGGCUUUGGAGUGAGUGGCAGUCCUGCGCCAGCCUCACGGGACACGUGUUGUACAUAAGCCUCUGCAGUGUCCUCUUGUUAAUGGUGCGGUUUUCUGCUUUGUUUUUAUUUAAGAAAAUAAAUGCGAUGUAUUUAAAGAGGGUUCUUUCACCUGGAAGCAAAUGAACAAUAGCUAAGUGUCUUGGUAUUUAAAGAGUAAAUUAUCUGUGGCUUUGCUGAGUGAAGGAAGGGAGCAAGAAGUGGCGCCCCUGGUCCCGGCAUGCCCGCGCCUGAGACUGGCUGGGAACGCUCCGACUCCUGUGAAGGCACAGCCAGCGUUGUGGCCUGAGGGAGGCCCUGCUGGGACCCUAAUCUGGGCCUUCCGGUCCCAGGGCCUGUGGGCAAUCGCCUUGAAAGGACCUUCACCAAGGGCUGCGUGUAAAUGGGAACUCCGCCAUAGAGAGGAGAAGGCCGCCGGAGCCCAUACCAGCUCUCCCUCCCUCUCUCUGUGCAGUAGCUGUGUGUCCAAGGUCAGUGUGCAGAAUCACGGCCAAGGACUUGACGAGAUGUAUGGGGGAAAGAGAAGCUGGUGACUGGAUGAGAGUCAAAGGUUGUCUACUUUAAGAAAAUAAAAUACCCUGAAUGGAGCA